AUGACCACUGACAACCAGGAUGAGAAGAUCACAUUACCAGCACUGCUGGGGAGCCGGAGUGUUACACUCAACACGCUUGGGAUUUCAAUGAACAGAGUGGACUUAGUUGUGGGAGGACUUAAUCCACCCCACACUCACCCUCGUGCAACUGAGAGCGGCGUGGUCAUCUCAGGGCAGGUACUUGUUGGGUUUGUGACACCUGGGAAUGUGUAUCACUCUAAAGUCUUGAAUGCUGGGCAGAUGUUUGUCAUUCCUAAAGGACUUGUACACUUCCAAAAGAAUGUUGGAACAGGGAUGGCCCUUAUCAUCACUGCUUUCAACAGUCAGUUACCUAGGGCUGUCGUCCUUCCCUUCAAUCUAUUUGCUUCAACACCCUCGAUUCCAGAUGAUGUUCUAACUAGGGCCUUCCAAGUAGAAGAAAAGGUUAUCGAAUCUAUAAAGUGGAAGUUCAGUUCUUGAGCUAAGACCUUCCAAUCCAGAUAAUCUCCCCUUUAUCUGAAAAUUGUGUUGUAGUAAUGCUUUUGAUUUGAGGUCGCCUGCCUCCUAUUCUUAUGUUGUUAUUCUUUGUGUUGAUUUGAAGUUCAGCUGUUGUAAUG